AUGGUCACAGCGUCCGGCAGCUCUGCACCGGUGCUCAGCUCGGCAGCAUCAUCCAACUCUGCUCCCGCGCCCAGCUCAACAACAUCCCCGAACGACCGCUACCUCGCCUACUGCGGCGACGGUUCCACAUCAGCCGGCUGGCCCUCAACAUCCGAAUGGCAAUCAUUCGACUACCUCUUCACCUCCAACACCCCAAGCAUGAAAAUCGCCUGCGACACCUGGGGCGUCCCCAAUGACUCCCCCCGCGAAAUCGCCUCCUUACGCUCCGCCAUCCUCUCCGUCGCCAACCUCACCAGCAUCGACGCCCGCUUCAUCCUCGCCAUCAUCAUGCAAGAGUCCUCCGGCUGCGUGCGCGUCAUCACCACGGCGUGGAGCCACACGAACCCGGGGUUGAUGCAAUCCUUCAACGGCACGGGGACGUGUAACCUCAAUAGCGCCAACAUCAACAUCCCCGGCGUCGACGCCUCGGGAAAGAUCUGGACGCCCUGUCCAGCGGAGCGUAUCGAGCAGCAAGUUCUCGACGGAACGAACGGCACGAUCUGGGGUCCGGGACUACGGCAGGAUUUCGAGAUCGCGAAUGCCAAUGCGACGGACGAAGCGCAGGCGUACUACCGCACGGCGAGGAUUUAUAAUGGCGGGAGGUUCGUGGCGAGUGAUCUCAGUCAGCCGUGCUGCACGACGUCGUAUGUGAGCGAUAUUGCGAAUAGGCUUAUGGGGUGGGUUCAUGCUCCGAGGGAGUUCGUUUGUGGCUAG